AUGGACAAAAAAUUCGACUGGAAGAAACCCAUCAAAGCUAACAUAUUCAAACUACGAAUUUUAGGUCUGUGGCCCGACGGAGACGACACCUACAAAGUCAACCUAUACACAGUAUGGGCCACAAUUUGCCUCCUCGUUUUCAAUCUCGGACCCAACAUAUUCCAAACAGCCAACAUAUAUUUCAUCUCGGACGAUUUAGAAGCUGUCAUUUCAAACAUAUUUGUGAUGUUGUCGGAGUUCCUGUCAAUCAUUAAAGCCUACUACGUCGUACAGAACAUGAGGAUUCUCAAAGGACUGAUGGUGACUCUCAACAGUGAUUUGUUUCAACCGAGAAACGCCAAACAAGUCAAAAUGGUCCAACCGAGUAUAAAAUUUUGGAAAACCAACUACAUUUUGUACUGGAGUGUGACCCUAGGGGCUGUUUUUUUCUUAUCGUUUUAUCCCAUUUUGGAUAAGUCUGGUAAAGAACAUCAGCUGCCCUUCAUGGCUUGGUACCCUUUCGAUACUACAGUGUCUCCAGCUUUUGAGAUUACUUAUUUGUAUCAGAUUUUUGGGGUUACUUGCAGUGCAGCCACUGCUUUGUGUGUGGAUUGUUUGAUUGCGGCUUUACAUGUGUGUAUUGGGGCACAGUUUGACAUUUUGUCGGAUAAUGUGCAACAUUUACACGAUGAUUCCGGUGAUUUCGAUCGAAAAUUAAUAGAGUGUGUGAAGCAUCACAAAGAGAUAGUAAGAUUUGCUGAAAAUACUAACACGUUUUCGAAUUGGAUAAUCCUGCAGCAGUUCUUUAUUAGUGCGGUUUCUAUUGGCAUGACCAUGUUUCAGUUGACGAUGGUUACUCCCUUAAGUAGUGAAUUUUUUUCACAAAUAUCCUUCUUGUCGUCAAUAACGACCGAAAUUUUCAUGUUCUGCUGGUACGGGAAUGAAGUGACGAUUAAAAGCAGCAAAGUUCCCUACGCUUUGUUUCAAUCACAGUGGAUUGAUGCACCCUUAGUUGCACAAAAGAAUAUGCAAUUUUUUGUUGCCAGAUGUCAAAAACCGGUACAAAUGUCCGCUUUGAAGUUGUUCUAUCUUUCUCUGGAUACUUUUGUGUCUAUACUUCGAGCUUCUUGGUCAUACUUUGCUCUUUUGAAUCAAGUUAAUCAACGAUAA